UGACCCCCGGAGUAAGGAGCGGAGGUGGCUCCUACUCCAUCAGUCACUCAGUCAGUCAGUCAGGGCAAAGGGGCUCUUCUUCCUGGCUGCCUUCCUUCGGUGGACGACCCGCUUUGCUCUGCCCGACGCACCGGGCAGCCCAUUUUUCCCCCCAACGUCCCCUUGCUUCCCCGGCAGCCGGGAAGGGAAGCGCCCGGGGGAGCCCUGCGGCUGGGUCGGGCUGGGCCCUGAAGCGAAAAGAGAGAGAAAGAGACAGAAAGACAGACAGGCUCAUGCUGCUACAUAAGAGAUUAGGAAACUCUGAAUGCAAAAUAAAAAUCAAGAAGCAAAAAUGUAAUAGAAGAACCCAGUAUCCAGACACCUUCUUCAUUUCAAGGAGAAACCAUUUGCUUGCUGUAUUAUGCCUGCAGACAAAGUAAUGUACAAUGAAGACGGAAAACACAACGUACAAAAACUGACUUUUGCUUAUAAGGUGACUGCUGUGGCUUCAUGACCCUUCUUUAAAAGGAAGCAGAUUCUGCGAGGAUGUUACAUCACCAUUGCCGGAGGAACCCUGAACUACAGGAAGAGUUGCAGAUUCAGGCCGCGGUGGCUGCUGGGGAUGUCCAUACGGUGCGCAAAAUGUUGGAGCAGGGCUACUCUCCCAAUGGCCGAGAUGCUAAUGGCUGGACCUUGCUCCAUUUUUCAGCAGCAAGAGGGAAGGAAAGAUGCGUUCGUGUCUUUCUUGAACAUGGAGCGGAUCCUACAGUGAAAGACCUGAUUGGCGGCUUCACUGCUCUACAUUAUGCAGCUAUGCACGGCCGAGCCCGGAUUGCACGCCUAAUGCUAGAAUCAGACUACCGUGUCAAUAUUAUUAACGCGAAGAGCAACGACGGUUGGACUCCCCUGCAUGUGGCGGCUCAUUAUGGAAGAGACUCCUUUGUCCGACUCUUGCUGGAGUUCAAGGCUGAAGUCGAUCCCCUGAGCGACAAAGGCACUACGCCACUUCAGCUUGCCAUCAUCCGCGAACGGUCCAGCUGUGUCAAAAUCCUCCUAGAUCACAACGCCAACAUUGACAUUCAAAAUGGCUUUCUGUUACGCUACGCCGUGAUCAAAAGCAAUCACACUUAUUGCCGGAUGUUCCUUCAGAGAGGAGCAGACACGAACUUGGGGCGCUUAGAAGACGGACAAACACCGUUGCACUUGUCUGCUCUUAGGGAUGACGUACUUUGUGCGCAGAUGUUGUACAAUUAUGGCGCGGAUACCAACACAAGGAACUAUGAAGGACAGACUCCGUUGGCAGUUUCAAUAAGUAUAUCUGGAAGUAGCCGGCCUUGUUUGGAUUUCUUACAGGAAGUAACAAGGCAGCCUCGGAACUUGCAAGAUCUCUGUCGAAUUAAAAUCCGCCAGUGUAUAGGCCUUCAAAACCUCAGACUCCUUGACGAACUACCGAUUGCCAAGGUCAUGAAAGACUACUUAAAACACAAAUUUGAUGAUAUCUGACAGUUUGCAAGAGUUGGACAAUAAGCAGGAUUAGUUUGUAUUCCAGAUACCUUUCAAAGGCUGGUCAUCUUGCACAACGUAUAUCCUAUGCAAUUUCUGAUUUUUUUUUGUUUUUUUGUUUUUCCCAAGAAGUCAGAAAGCAGGUAUACAAUUUCCUUGCGGGGGGGGGGGGGGGGGCAGGUGGAAGGGCCUGUUUUAUACCAAAUGCUAGGAGGUCUUAAUUUUUAUUUUAUUUUAGUUGAAUUCUUGGUCCAAGUUUACAAGAUUCAAGCUUUCUAUAUGACGUUACAAACAGGGGAUUGGGUUUUAUUUUGCAGGGUGGGGAACAUUUUAUAAGCAUCGCUUUUAAGAAUGAAGAAGGGACGUUGCUUGUUCGAAAGGAAGUCUUCCCCAUCCCUUAUAUAGCAUGUGUAAUAUUUGCGAAGUGCUGAAUGAAUUCUAAACCAAAUAAGGGUCAGACUUAAGAACGCCAGGUAUUGCGAUUGUAUUUCUCUUAUUGGUAGAGAAUCCGAUAGGCAGAUCCUUCUGUAGUAACCCUGAUUGGAGGACUAAGCCCCCUAGCACUAUUCCGGCACACACAUACAUACAAAAGGCCAAUAUGGCACCUAUUUUACGCUUAAUUAGUGCUGACAAUUGAUCGGAUUCCACACCAAGGUAAUUUUCUGCCCACGGGGGGUUAUUUAUUUAUUUUUUCUUCAAAAUCAUGGCUCAGGCAUGUAAGUAGAGUGUUCUAAGUUUGUUGUAGACAUAACGGCUCUCUGAAAACAUUGCCACCUUCAUUCUUUUUUUUAAAUUCAACUUAGAUCUUUUGCAUAAUUAUUGUACUUCAAGAUGUCCAAACUUCUUACCCUUCCUUUGAUUCCAGUAUGAAUGGACUGCUGUUUUUAAUUAGGUUUUACACUGCUCACGUACCUGGGCAUCUAUAAAAGCAUUGACUGAAAACAAAUUUAACUUCAAAGUAGACAUAUCCUGUUUCCAUAUAGUGCCUCAAGUGCAAUAUAUCUAUCUGUCUUAUUUUUAUUUCCUGUAUCACACAUGUGAGUUUCACACAUUCCUAUCCUGACCUCAAUGUGAUGUUUGUUACUAUUGGAAUUGCUGCUUUAUAAGGGUUUUUAAAAUUUAUUUGUUAUCGCCACCUUCAUUUCAACGACAUCCGAUUUCAAAUACCGUAGCCCACAACUCAGCUGUUAUUUUUGUUUUUUCAUACCACAGGCUAAUUUAUGGUUUUCUUAGAACAAAAUCCAAGCUAGCGAUUUGUUUUUUAUUUUUAUUUUUUUUAAAUGUGGUCCAUAAUUUGUUUCCUCUGACCUGACAUGCUUCCAGCUGGUUUGACACUAAACAGAGCCUUAGGCCGUUGCAAAUUUCUCCUUAACUUAUUCAGGCCAUGUGAAAACCAUUCGCAAUUCAAAAUACCUGCAAAUGUGAAUUAUGCAUGCACAGAUCUCUGUACUAUCAACAGAAAGGUCCGUAAAACUGAGUUCAUAGGCAGAAUGUGAAUUCUGUGCAUAUAACUCACUUUUCAUAGGUAUGUUGAACCUCAGGUGAUUGAUCAUAUUCAGUACACAGUUAACAUCACGGCUUUGCCCUUUCUAAAGACCGUAUUCACCCUGCUUGGAAGGUAAUUCCUUGAUAUUUCUAAAGACAGUGUGUUGGUAGCUUGAAAGUAAUCCUUGAUUACAGCUUAGUUCUAAAUAUCGGCUACUGUGAAUAUUUUAGAUGCGUCUCUUAUUUUACGGGAGUUGAGAUCAUUACAGAAAUAGGAUUCUGAUGGUCCCUUAUCAACAUCCAUUGAUCUUGAAGCUUGGAGCGUUCGGAUUUUAGAUCAGAUUUAGCUUGGAUUCUGUUGCAGAAACACUACUGGUUCUUAUGCUUGAGUGUUUCGAAGUUUUCAGGCAUACCUCGCACCUCAUAUAUCAGUUUUGCCAGGUAAUCCGUAGCUCAUAAGAGCAGCAUACUAUCCCUUUAGGUAAGGAUCUCUCUUCUUGCUUUUAGUGGAUUUUUAAGAAACAGUGAUAAUGAAGGGAUUUUGUUGCUCCUAAUUUAGCCUUGGCUUUACAUAAGCAAGCAAGAAGUUGAUGGCUCAGUACAUAAGGUAACAGGCUAAUAGCAUUUUCCCUACAUCAGUUUUUUUUUAGAAGAAAAAUGCAACAAUUGCUUGAAAUGGCCUAUUAAUUUAUUUUUUCCUUUUAAGGUGCCAUAGCCAAGUCAAGCAUGCAUUUGAUAUACCAGAUGUACAUGCAAUGCUGCAGGCAAUAAAAUACCCGUCUUCACAUCGGCAAAUAGUAUUGCUAAGUUCCAAGUCUUCUAUUUAAACCCUUCCAUGGUCAAUCUCUAACAAUUUUUUUAAGGUACUUUCAAUCCAGGUUGAAUCCAGAAGGAAGGAAGUUGUGAACUGGCACAACAAAUUUGCAGGUCUGGCUCAGUGUGCUUGAUCUAUCACAUUCUCCAUGAUCUAGAGUUCUCUUUACGGAUGCUGAGAUCCAUUAUAAGAUGACUUUUAAUUCUGUCUUGCUGCUGCUGUGACUUUCGGAAAAUGUAUAAACGCCAUGCUGUUAACAAAAAGCUAUUUAAUGGAAUAUGUAACGCCUUUUUUAAUUUAUUUGUUUUGAGGGUUUUUUGGGGGGUUUCUCCCCAUAUUUUAAUACUUAGUUCAUUUUUAUGAAGUGCAUAUUGAGUUGUCGUUCUAAAAGUACUAAGCGCCACCCUGCAUGCCUUCCUGUCUGCGAAGCUGUGUUGGAAAGUUUAAGGCAAAGAGGGAAGGUUGAACUUUGGGUCCCAGUUGUAAAGAAAAUUAAGCACUUGAGUUAUGAAAUAACUGGUUAGUUGCCCUCCCUCUUUAGUUUUAAUGUUCAGGGAAUUCCACAGCCUACGUACUGCGCUGAUUUGAGGCUGAGAAGACAGAAUGUACCACAUACACACAUACCUCUGUGAAAACUCAACUGGAUGAAAGGUUAUAAAAAAGCAGAUUUUAAUUUUAUUUGAUCCAACUUUAUUAGACUGACAAUUUGAAGAGGUGUAUAAUAAUUUAUAAGAAGAAAAUUAUGAGAAUUUUCUGUUAAAUAUUUGGGCUUAAAAUAUGAAAAAUAAUAAUAAUAUAAGCAUCCGUGCUAGGCCUGUUAUCUCUUGUAUGUUUGUCAACUCUUAAUGAAUAAAAAAAAAGAGAUUGGCAAGCACACCAAAGAAAUGGACAAGCUGAUGAUCAUUAGGAAACCACAAACCUCAUUCUUUUGAAAAUAGCUAGAGUUUUUUUUGUAAAUAUUUAUGUUUAUAGAUGUACAGCAGAGUGUGUUUUUCUAGAUUAUUUAAUUAUCAUAUUUCUAAUCUAUUUACAAUAUUAGUAUUUGUUUGCUCCAAAGGCUUCUGUUUGGAUUGUAAUUUGUUCUCUCUCUCUCUCUUUUUGCUUAACUCAUUACUCAUGCAAUGAAAAACUUUGUCCUUCUGAGCACAGCAUGAAAAGACAGUAGCCAAAUAUUUGUUAAUAUCCGAUACUUUAUACAACACCCAUGUGGGAAUAACUUCAGUCCCAACACAUUGUGGCUUGCAAAUAAGAGGACACUCACAAAAACAUAUACUUCCCAGAAAAUUCCCAAUUCCUUCCCCCAUUAAGGCCUUAUUAUACUAAUGCAAAACAGGCUUCCAACCUUAUUUCAGAUUCUAGUUAAGAGGUGAACCUUGGCUUGCUAAUGAACCACGCUCAGCGGUUGUAUAGACAUAAUACUAAGCUUUGGUUACUGCUAAGAAUAGAAGGGGAAGAAAGAGUGUAAGGAGAUCAGAUUCCCGAGGCUACUUCCUAAUGUACUAAUCUUAUUUAUCAGGGAAUCAGUGGUCUGCCUGAAGCUUUGAAAGUUCUCUUGAAGAAAAUGGGUCAUAUUUUCUGCUCCAGCAAGCUUCUGUUCAUUUCAGUCCUGUAGGACUUGAGAUGGAGGCUUCCUCUGUGGUGUCUUCUUCGCAUGCUUGUCAGGUUGCUACAGCGAACCAAGAGAAUUUGAGAUCUCAGACUGGUUUGAUCAGGUCGAAAUUGCAACUGUCACUGUGGGAAGGAUAACAUACUAUUUUUGUCUCCUGUUCCGUCUUCCACACAGCUCUCUCCAUGUUAGCAACUUCAUAAUAUAUUUUGUUUUUCCUUUUGUAAUAUACGGCUUUCAGUUGGAUCAUUUUGAAUUAAAAUAAUUUUACCAAUUCUUUUAAA